AAAGAUAUCCGUGUUGUACAUUGAGAUCUCGAUCGUGGCCAUCUGCAUUUGAUAGAUAUGGGUGUUUGGAUUCACACAGGCAAAGACUACAGAGAACAAGUAAUGAGCCAGGAAUCAGAGUAAAAGACACUGAAAGGAGAUCCACAAUAAAUGAAUGCAUCCAAACGCUAACCGCUGAUUCGCACAGUGUUGUUCCAAAGGGGAGACAUUGCAAUCAUUAUAAAGUGUCGGUAAAAUGCUGGCCAAGAGUUUACAAAUCACAACAGAUUAUUAAAGAUUUGGUAGAAAGAUGCUCAUACUUUGAAAUCAUCUUUGGAUUGACUGGGAAACAACAAAAAGAUCUAUUAGAGAUAGACAUUUAUGUCGACUGCGAUGUAGAACUUGAUUAUACCGCAUUGCUCGUGCGAUGCGAACAAUCUGAAACCAAGGACACAAAGUAUCUACGCGUACUCGAGAGGAAUAUGUCAGAAGAGUUACUUUCAAUGAGAGAGAAAUUUUCUGGAAUAUUCAUUGACAAGGAAGGAGUGAAGGUUGUAGAAGCCGUUUCCUCUGAACAAAUAGAUGUUGUCGUAGCUCAUCGAGUGGAUAAUGAGUCGUCUGUGGAAAAACCACACAAGUUCGAAUUGCAACGGGCUAAACAGGAUCUGAGCUCCAUUCUCGAACAUGUCGUAUUCGAAAUACUUAUUGAAAAAUUUAACAACUUAGAACAGUUAUACCAAACUAAAGACGAAACGGACGACAGUAAUGCAUCAAGCUUCAGUGAACUAGUAAAACAGCAUAAAGACAAUGUAGAACAUCUGCUCGGGGAAAUAACGGCGUUCUUCAAACGGAGCACUUUGCCGGAAAACAAACGCCCGGUCGGCCUUAGAUUUGAGAAGAAAGAAGUUAGUAAAGAGGUGAAAGAACAGCUGUUUGGUCUUGAUAAAACAAUUCGAGGAUGCGGAUACAGUCACAGUACAUUUAAUGUAAAUGUUGAAAGACUUUCCGACGAAGACGAACAUAUGAGACGCCAGAAACGCAUAACAGAUUUCUUAAACAGAAAUGGUAUUACGAAUAUUAAAUUUAACAUCGUCUCCAAGUCAGUGGAAGAAUAUAAACAUAUAGGUGCCAGGAUAAGGGUUCCUGAGGCCGCAAAACCAACUGAAUAUCAUAAAGGAACGCUAGGAGGAUUUGCAUUAUUUAAUAAACAAAAUGAAACUGCUUCAUGUGCGCUUUUCUCCCGGCACGUUGCAUUAGGCUGCAGCGAAAAAUUGUAUGUCCAAGAGGAUGAUGAACAGCUGACCGAACUAGGAGAGAUAUUAGAAGAUACAUUACAGCACGGCAGCUAUGAUAUAGCAGCUGCCAAAAUACACGAUCAUCUUGUUCAACAUUGUGAUGUUCAGUUCAAAAACUCAGAAGAUUAUCAACGUCCAGGAACACUUUAUACACAAGCGUCUUCGAUUGAUUUGCAGGAUCUUCCUGUCCAUUUGUUCGGAUCUGUGUCGACACCUGGACUUGGAAGAAUACAAAUUCCAGAAUUAAGCUGUCCCGGGGCGAGCGAGACGUACAUGCAAAUAGAAGACAGAAAUCCAUCCAAACGAAUGGCUGUUCCAGGUGAUAGUGGUGCCAUAGUUUGUGCAGAUGAUCUUGAUGACGAACUCGUCCAUGUCAUUUCAAUGCUGAUAGGCUCGAAUACUGAAACAAAGAAACUUACAGAUCCCAGUGUGAAAAGAACUUAUAUAACAUUUCCAGUACAGAAAGGCGUCGAACUUUUACAAGUGAAGACAGGUGGUACCUUUUCCCUCCAGGGAGUUAGCAAUGAUCAGCAAAAUUAGUAAUAUAAACAAUGACAAAAUAUAUUUCCUGAAUGCUGUUUUGUAACUUGCUGCAUAUUUAAGCUAAGACGUUCUUUUGUCCACGAUCCAGAAUGCCUGAUAUGUUUAGAAAAAUCCAAGUGCAGGGGUAAUAAAAUAACUUUUUACGAACGGAACCAUAGUUCAAAAAGAAUGUUUUUAGAAUAAUUGAGAUAAAAAUCUAACGUGGCAUACUCAAGUUUGUAAUGCUGUGGAUAAACCUAACUGCUUUUUGACCGAUGAUAUAUUAUGCUUACCAUUUUUGUUUCAAUGAUAACAAGAGCCAUGUUAGACAUGGCUAAUUACCCGCCGGGCAUAUUAUACGUAAUUGAAGGCUAAAGUUAGUAUCUGAAAGUAUUAAUUUUGGGGAAAGCUUUGAAAACCGUUUAGCUGUGGUCCGCAUCAGGGGUUUUAAAGAUGUGGAAAAAAGAAUAAGUCAGUGGUGAGGUGGUUUACUGCUAAAUUUUAUUUAUUUUCAUGAACAGUAUAGCUAUGAUGUUUUUCUAUAUGGCUACUGUAAAAAGAAGGAAUGGAAAGCUAACAGGGAACAAGAGUGCCACAAUAUACGCCCGUCACAGCAAAUGUCUUUACUCUAGCAGCUGUAUUUGCAAAUGGAAUUUUAAUUUUGUGGUUGUUUAGUAAUCAUUGUAAGUCUUUUGUUUUUCUAAGUCCACAAAAAACUCCUUACCAGGUAGAGAUACCUUAAAAUACACCUAAAAUUGGGAAGUAACAUCUAUGUUGUACUACAGAAAAGUGGUCUUGUUUUAUCCCUACGGUCAAUUAUAAAAAUGUUACAAUAUAAGUUAUUUAUAGUAACAAAUAAGGGAAGUUAAUCUUUUUUUCCCUACGGCUAGUAAUGAAAAAGUUACAAUAAAAGGUAUUUAAAGUAACAACAAAGGGAAGUGAUUCCAAAGAAGGGAACUGCGCAUGACACUUCGUCCCAUGAUGGUGUAUAAUUGUGCCAAGUUACAUCAAAAUCCCUCCAUGCAUGAAGAAGAAAUGCUUCGGACAAUGUCAUUCUUGUAUCUGACCUUUGGCCUGUAAGUGUGACCUUGACCUUAGACCUAGGGACCUGGAUCUUGCGCAUGACACUCCGUCUCGUGGUGGUGAAUAUUUGUGCCAAGUUAUAUCAAAAUCCCUCUACGCAUGAAGAAGAAAUGCUCCGGACAAGGUUUUCAUUCUUGUAUCAUUUGACCUCUAAGUGUGACCUUGACCUUAGACCUAGGGACCUGGUUCUUGCGCAUGACACUCCGCCUUGAAGUGAUGAACAUUUGUGCCAAGAUAUAUCAAAAUCCCUCCAUGCAUGAAGAAGAUAUGCUCCGGACAAAUUUUUAAAGAAAAUAUGAUAAAGGGGAAUAACUCAAAAAUAGGCCAGGUAGAGUUAUUGUUCUUGCAAACUGCACUUCCUCCCAAUGUGUUCUAUCAGUGUAUGAAGUUUAAAGAAAAUCCCUCCAGUACUUUUGGAGUUAUGCUCCGGACAAUAUCUUUUAAGAAAAUAAGAGAAAGGAGAAUAACUCAAAAAAGGCAAGGUAGAGUUAUUGUUCUUACACACUACAAUUCCUUCCAAUGUGUUCUAUCUGUGUAUGAAGUUUGAAGAAAAUCCCUCCAGUACUUUUGGAGUUAUGCUCCGGACAAAGAUCGUUUCGGACACACGUACGGGCGGACGGAGAGCAUUUCUAAUAUCCCCUUCGCCUUUGGCGGGGGGAUAAAAAAGGAACCUGCCUGCAAAUCAAAUACUGAUAAAAAUUAUUAUAAACAAAGGAGGGAAAAUCGUGUAAUAAUGAUUACAUGUGUAGCAAAUAGCGUGUUCAAAAUUCUAACACUUCAGAUGCUGUUAUCACUUGGGUGAAUUGGUUUUGAAAUAUGACCAUAACCUUGUAUCUAUCCUACUUCACAGGUUAGAUGAUCAAUAUCAUCAUUUUAUAAUAUUGACUCCUAUAAAAUAAACAAGGACCUCGGACAUUUUUCCUAUUCAGACUGCCUAUCCGAUUAAGGAAAAAGUGACAUAGGGAUAGACUUCUGAAAUUGCAUAGUUACGAUAGUUGAAGACCAUUUCUUGACAAAUGCGACUUCAUUUUACAAGUUUAUGAACAAAAAAGAAGACUUUGUAGACAUUUCUCAUUCUCUUUUCUAUUAAAAUAUGAACAUAAAUCAUUUUUACGUUUUAAACAUCUUUCCCCCCAGUGACGCAACAAAAUAGUUCACAUGCCUUUGUAAAUAAUUAUUAUAUACGUAUGCUGCAAAAAUGGCACUUAGUCACACGUGGGAAAGUGUUUAAAAUUGAAAAAAAAUACAUACAGGGUGUCAGCAAAUAAAUUUGUACAUACAUAUUUGACACUUAUUGCAUGUGUUUCCUAAACCUUACAUAUCUACAGCUUUAUUCAUUUUUGUAAAUAUUUCAAGCACAGAAAACACUAAACUAAAUAAAUAGGGGACAUAGAAAGUGAAGCUAGAAAGCAGACAGAUCCUAAUAUGUAUAUCUUAUGAAUUUUUCAAUCAGAUCUGUUACCUCUUGACAGUCUAUCCGUCGAUUGAGUGUCAUCAGGACUGAGACAACUGCAUCUAUCGUAAGUCAAGAACCAAGCAAGUGGCUUCGACAUAUUACAUAUGUGUCUUCAACGUAAACAUGACAAAGAAAUACAGACAAACUUCUAUGGGAAUAGUGCCACUUAGGUGCAAAUUUUUUACCUUUUGUAGGACACAGCUGAAGCGAACCUAGAAUGCAUUUUAAGAGCAACAUUUGCUUUUAUUCGAUCCAGCAUCCUAUACCACAACAGAACUACACCAGACACCAUCUCAUUAACUAACCUAGUUGCUUCCUGAACUUAUACUGACACCCAUAGAACUAAUACUGACUCGCCCAUAACUAACACUGACACCCCCAGAAUUAACAUCAAUUUGCUCACACGUCUGAAACUUAUUUCGAAGCCAACCGAAAUACUAGUAAGGACCUGAAAGAACUAACACAGACACCCCUAGAAUAUCUAUAUAAAUGUUGAUACUAGCUAAUGAAGUUCUGUUCUACUGAUAUAAAAUGCUAAAAGUAAAUCAUCCCUGAACCCGCAGUGGAAUAGGCAGUCUCCUGCACUCCUCCGUUUCAACUGAAAAAGGCCAACUACGCCAAUGUAUGGCCAGCUACACCACUGCAUGUAUUCAAUAAUAAUCCUCCACAUAAUGCCCGGUCAGUAUUGUACAUGUGUAUAAAUACAGUAUAGCAAUAGAUGUAUAGCUAACAAACAAUAGGAUAUGAUCAAUGCAUCAGUGUCAUCAUGGGCACUCAGGUGGAAAUAACUGAAAUACAGUUAGGGACCAAAAGUUUUGUUCCACUUUUAUUUUUUCCGUUUCGUUUAUUUUCAAAAAUGUCAAUAAAAUUGAUAAUCUGCAUGGUAUCAGUUUAUUUAUUGUGUUAAAAUAGUUCAUAGUAGACAUACCUUAAAUACCAAUGCUUAUUUUAACUAAAAAUAAACAUUUUAAAUUUUUCAAAAAUAUGACCCUUAGUUACAAACUGUUCAAAUUUCAAGAAACGAAUAUGAAAUGAAACUAGCUUUUGUGACAGUUUGAUAAAAAAUAUAACUUAUUUAUCAGUAUUUGAAGCUGUUAUAUAAAAUUAUCUGCUACUGAAGUCAAGAAAUAGCAUUGAACUUAGGGCAAAAUUCCUAGCAUAAUGUCCAAUGUCCUUUAUGAAUGUUGUCCAAACUUGAUUAUUGUUUACAUUAUAUCGUAAAAUUGCACAAAUCUUGUUUAUAGGCAACAUGAUCGAUUAGGUAAUACUAUAGACAGGGCAGUUUCACUUAAGUCGGUCAUUUAUUUCUUUACUAGGUUAAACUUUGUGUAUAUACUUGAACGUUAUGUUCUUUUGAUACUUUGUGAGAUCAAUGUGUGGAACGUUAAAUGACAGAAUCGUUUUAAAGUUUAUGUUUUAUUAAUUAUUGCUUUGAUUAUAUUACUGUGCUAAAUGCCACAUUACUGUUUUAUUUUUAUCAUGGUUUUAAUUCAUAUGCAUACAUAUUUCUCUUUUAAAGAUGCCCCUGUUUUAAAUGUAAAAUCACUGUUUAAAUGUCAAUUUACUGCUUUCAUAGGACAUUACUAUUUAAAUGGUAUAUUGUGGUAUAUUACUGUUGAAUGCAGUUUAUGUUUUGACGUUAUAUAUCUGAGACAUAAAAUAUCAUACUACAGAUGUUUCGCUAUGAAACGAAAAGUUACGAUAUUUUUACGAUACCAUAAUUGAUAAAUGUUUCAAGAAAUUGACAACUGACAUAUUUCUAUGUCAAAAUCUAUUUUGUAAACUCAUUACUCAAAAUAGUGGAAACGUUGUAGUUGACCGGUAACAUAGCGUCUUAAAUGCUCUUAACGAACAUGGCAUAAAUGAUUCAAACAUAACUUAAAAAAAUCUCAAUGUCAAUUUUUCAUACCAGUAUCAAGAUGCCUUAUACCAUUUUAUAAAUUUUAGAUUGAUUUUGUUAAAAAUAUAACAUCUGGAAAAAGCCCUAACAUUAAUGACGACUGUAGAAAUUACUAUGAUCUCUCGCAUUACGCCUGCAGAUAUUACAGAUCUUUUGCUGUCACAUCUAUAAAAAUAAACAAAGUGGUAUUUCCCUCAAUAAAUUAAAAAAUGCUUCAUUAUUGCAAUUUAUCAGAAAAUGGAAUACGCAACAUGCAGUUAAUCAUAGAACCAUCUCAAUUUUAUCUACAAUAUGUGAAAUAAAUAUAAAUAAAAUACAAUUAUUUCAAACACUAUUGAUAUAUACAUAAACGCUGACAACUCCACUAUUUAUAAAUCCAGCACAUAUUUUAGUAAAACUGCAAGAGCUCUAAAGUAACCUUAGCUUGCGGAAUUAAUAAUAUGACAUUGCAAACGGAAAAAAUGAAAUAAGCUCUUUUAAGUACACUUAUAAAAUAAAACAUGUAAGAAAUCUCGAACUUUUUAUGAAUGGAACAAUUAUUUAAAAAGAGUCAACUUUUAAAAAUGUAAAAAUAAGUACUCAAAUUUGCAAUGCUGUGAAUAAACAUAACACAAAAAUUUCUUACUUUUUGAUUAAAAUUACCAUGGACUUUUGCAAUGAUGUAAGGGAACCUGCAUGCAAAUCAGAAAAUGGUAAGAAUUAUAAUCAACAAAAGAGGAACGAACAAAUGUGUAGCAAAUUCUAACUGCUAUUAUCAUUUGGCUGUACCGGCUUUUAAAUAUGACCAUAUUCUUGAAUCGAACCUGCAAUAAUACAAGCAACUUUAUAACACUGGCUUUUUUUAGGAAACAAUUUAUGUACAGCAAGCUGUGUGUUGUUAUUCCAAACCUAGAUAUUAUUUUAAUCAUAUCGUAAAACUGUACAAUUUUGGUAUACAAGCAACAUAAGGGAUAAGGCAAUGCUAUAAGCAGUUUCGAUAAUUUUUUGUCAUUUAUCAAUUUCAAUUUUCCUCUUCUAUUCCAAGCUUAACACAGUUUUUGGUAUCUUAUCUGUCAUCAGAAGUUGUUUCCAGUUAAUACAGAUAUACUUUUCAUGUCUAAAGAAUAACCAUGCUCGUGUUAUCUAAUUGAAAAUAAAUCAUUGGUGUAAUAUC